CACCACACAUGACUUUUAGUCACACAUAUUUUAGCAGGGAAGAAAAUCGAGCCCAGUCAAUAAUCAGCACCACAAGCAUUGAUUAAAGACAUGGCGGACGACAAGCUAAAGGAUCUGGCAGAGCUCAAGGACCAGCUAGAGGACAUUCAGCGCCGUGUGGAGAAGGAAGUACAGGCUGGGAUCCCACAGGGUGGCAGUGUGCUGGCCUCUCCUUUCCUCAAGGGCUUCUUGGCAGGGUAUGUUGUGUCUAGGCUGCGAUCCUCUGCGGUUUUGGGCGUGGUCCUUGGGACUUGCACAGGCAUUUUUGCAGCUCAAAACUUUGGCGUGCCCAACAUCGAGGAAACUCUGAAAGACUAUUUCAACACUCUUAAAGGACCCAGCAAGUAGCGGCCCUGGUUUUUGGGGGGAAAUAUGGAGGGGGGGUAUGGAUCUCUGAACCCCUGCCCCAUCAAAAAGAUCCAUUGGACUACCCCACCUCCAAGCCCUCUAUUUUAGAUUGCAGAAUGUUCUGAACUGAGAAAAAAUUAUAUGAUCUGUGUUUGUUAGGAGACAUUUUGGGGGAAACGAAUUACGCAUGAAUUACGCAUUAAGUGUCUUUACAAUCAUCUCUUGCAAUGUGUGCAACAGUCCUGCAGGGACUUUAGUGUAUGUUUUUAUAUUACUGGAAAAAUAACAUUGUUCCUAUUUUAUGCAAUAGAGAUUUUACUUAUUGAAGUAGGUGCUUUAUAGUGGGAGAUCUUAUUUGCCUCUGGUCAGUUUUCUAUUUCGUCUUGCUCGCAGAUCAACCAUAUAACCUUGUUAUACCCAAAUGAUAUGUAUAACCUUUAGUAUCCAGAUUUGAAACAUGACUAAGAUAAUAUUAUAUUAAUAUAUACAAAUAUGUCCCCAGGUAGAUACCAGGUUCUCAACCUAUUUUGGGACUUUUAGGUCACUGUAAGUCUACAGUAUUCACACCCCUUGACUUUUUCCACAUGUAGUUGUGUUACAGCCUGAAUUUAAAAUGGAUUACAUUUGGAUUGUUUUGUCACUGGUCGACACACUACCCCCAUAAUGUCAAAGUGAAAUUACGUUUUUAGAAAUGUGUACAAAUUAAUUAAAAAUGAAAAGCUGAAAUGUCUUCAGUCAAUAAGUAUUCAACCCCUUUGUUAUUGAACGCCUAAAUACGUUCAGGAGUAAAAUAAUAAUAAGUUGCAUGGACUCACUCCGUGUGCAAUACGUUUUCAACAUGAUUUUUGAAUGACUACCUCAUCUCUGUACCCCACACAUACAGAUAAUUGUAAGGUCCCUCAGUCGAGCAGUGAUUUCCAAACACAGAUUCAACCACAAAGACCAGGAACGUUUUCCAAUGCCUCGCAAAGAAGGCCACCUAUUGGCAGAUGCGUAAAAAAAAGAAAAAGCAGACACUGAAUAUGCCUUUGAGCAUAGUGAAGUUAUUAAUUACACUUUGGAUGAUGUAUCAAUACACACAGUGUAUGAAUACAGUGUUAUGUUUGGGGCAAAUCCAUCACUUUACUGAGUACCGCUCUCCACAGCAAUCUUCCCUGUUUUUUGGCUCUGAGCAAAUGUCAGGUCUGCUGAGUGCAAACUUAAACAUUGUGAAAAUUCUGUGCAGGCAAUGUUUGGUGUUCAAUGUAGACCUACAUUCCAUGAGAUUUUUGGAAAAAAAACAUGUUGUGGUGAUUGAUGCAAGAAGACAUUUUACAAAAUAAAAUGCAUUAUUAUUCCCAUACCAUUAUUACAGAGAAUCAGACAAAUUAUGCUUCCCUCUGCCUUUUGGAUACUUAGCUUAUUCAAGCCUGUCUCAAAAUACAACACGACCCCUUUAAGAGGCUCUUUACCUGACAUUCUUUUCAAAGAUGUCUAGAAAUGUACAUGUUUUGUGCUCUUGUAGGAAGCGAUCACUUCCCUAUUGCUGACUACAAAUGACCUAUAACGGGGCUAAUAACUCACUAACUUGCAAAGAGGGGGUCAGGUGUGCAGGCAGCUCGGGCUUUUUGCACACAAUCCAGCCUCUAGGGGUUCACGGCCCUGCAGCGCCCCAACCCAACACACCCCACUCAGCUUUAGGAUCUUAGUAAAACAUUCAUUAUUGGUUUUAUGUGUGUUAGGCCAAGGCCAGAGUGACAACCAACAGUACUGCAGAACCCCAGGGCCAGGACUGAGCAGCCUAGCAGCUAGGGAUUGCCUAAAUAGGUGUCUACCCUGAUGUGGGCAUGAUUUCAAUACAGACUCUUUUUGUCGUACAGUAUUCCACCUAGACGUUAUGAAAGUUGGCACAGUAUUUCCUUAAUCUUGUAAUAAAUCAAAUCUAGUGAUACAUAAUUUGACAUUUCAGCCAUCCAUUAUGGGAGGAUAACCAACCUUCCAAUUAAUGACAAUACAUUUCUUAGCCGCUACAAAUGCUAGAUUACACAUUUUCUACUGAUAACAGUCUCAUUAUCAACAUUUUCAAGCAAACAAAAACAGGCAGAAUCUGUAGACAUGCAGAGAUGACAGAACAUACUCUUUGCCAGAAUUCAGCCAGAAUUCACAAGACCACAAGGUAGCCUAGUGGUUAGAGCAUUGGGCCAGUAACCGUAAAGGUUGCUAGAUUGAAUCCCCAAGCUGACAAGGUAAAAAUAUGUUGUUCUGCCUCUGAACAAGGCAGUUAACCCACUGUUUCUAGGCUGUCAUUGUAAAAAAGAAUUUGUUCUUAACUGACUUUACUAGUUAAAUAACAAAAAAUAUAAAUAACAUAUACAAAUAUGUCCCCUUUUGUGUUUUACCCCUCCAGCAGAAUAAUUACAUUUCUGAGUGCAUGUGUUACCGAUGUGAAAUGGCUAGCUAGUUAGCGUUGGUGCGCGCUAAUAGCAUUUCAAUCGGUGACGUCACUCGCUCUGAGACCUUGAAGUAGUUGUUCCCCUUGCUCUGCAAGGGCUGUGGCUUUUGUGGCGUGAUGGGUAAUGAUGCUUCGUGGGUGUCAGUUGUUGAUGUGUGCCGAGGAUCCCUGGUUCGAGCCCAGGUAGGGGCGAGGAGAGGGACGGAAGCUAAACUGUUACACAUGAUAUUCAGUUUAACUGGUAUAUAGUUAGUUCUAUGGAUGGUCUUAAACUGCAGUAAUUUAUGUCUGAGAUUAUAUGAACAUGGCUGGGCAUUCUAACAUAUAUCCAUUCAUCAUCAUCAAUAGCGUCUUCCUCACAUUUUUGUUUGACAUGUUUUGUGUCAUCGGGAAAAGCCUCUAUCAACCCUUGAUACAAUUUGAAAGUCAACUUCGAGGUUUGUCAGACUACCUUAAAAUAGUUUCAAUCUUGGAAACUUCUUGCUUGUCCAGUGUUUACUGCGCAGAGAAUAAAGUGUUGCAUUUGCAAAAGUUUCCUGGCUACCUGACCCUGAUGAGACCCCUGUCACCAUCUGAUCCUGCUCAGAUGAGGAAUGACAAAGCAUUACCUUGGUGUACAUUAUAUUAUCCAAGAUCAAUCAUUGAAGUUACCAUUAUUCACAGAUCCUAGACUGUAGCUACCCAUCAACCCAAGAUGGAACUUUGUAUCCAUCUUGGGUUGAUCCAUCCACUGAUUGUUAUAAUGUACUGCAAAAUUCACCUAAACUCCUUAGUUUGGUCUUCCCUGGCUGUCUGACCCUGCUGGAACACCCGUCACCAUCCGAUCCUGCUAAGACAUGAUGAGCACAGUGUUGUGUACUGACUGUGCACCAUGACAGUGACGCCUGUAGAACUGUUUAUCCCAUGUCAGUUUGAAAAGUAGGGAAUUAGCUAGGAAAACUGAAGAUCAACAAUGUUACAUUGCUAUACUGACUAAUAAAA